UGGAGAGACCGACUCUGCUUUUAUUCUCCCACUCAGAGAAGGAUAUACUACAAUGUUUUUAAUUAAUAUAAAUACACUCAUUGCCCAAAAAAAUAAAAAAAUACACUCAUAUUUCCAUACCCAAGAACAAACCCUCUCUCUCUGUUUCUGGUUUUAUCUCUGAAACUCACAGAGAAUACCCACUUUGUAGCCCACAAUUGCUUCCCUUUUCUGAGUGUAGAAACAGAAAUUAAGAUUCUUGGAGGCCAAUUCUACUUAGGAAUUGAAUUUGGAGUCUCUUUCUCGUCUCUGUUUUUUGCUUGUUGUUCUAUCUCUCUGUAACUCACAGAGAAUUGAUCAUCAAAACCAUGGUGACUCCCGGUUCACUUUGUGAGUGUGAGUCAUUUAAUGAACUCAAAAGAGAGUGCACCAGAGAUGAACAACUGGACUUGGACUUGCUCACUCUUAGGGUUUUGGAGGACUUGAUUCUAUUCCACCCUAAAAAACCGUCUCUGCCACUGACUUCAGAAGAGAAGAGACUACAAUAUCGUUUCAAACCCACCUGGGGCUCCUUCCAAAGAAAAAGAUCGAAUCUUGCUUCUUCCAAGCCUCAUACCCUUUACCAAUUGCAAAAUUUGAACGUCAAAAGGAAGAGGUUUUCUCAACCCACUGGCAUUGCAGAUCCGGAAUGGAAAGCUUCGCUACCACCAGAGGGUUUUGCUUGUGCUUCCCCCAAGAUCAUCACACGCCUCAAAAUAAUCCCACCCAAGAAACCCCAUUUGGGAAUCUCUGCUGCUUCAUCCAUUGUUGUUCCCAACUACUCUGAAUCUCCCAAACCCACGCCACCCAGAGUAUUUGAUGGCCUCAACUGUCAGGGUUUGAAGCUUGUUACCCAGAAGCGAAGAAAGGCCACCAAGGAAGACCAGAUUGAAGAAAAGCCACCAAAGAAGCCCAAAUUGAACCCAACCCUUCCACUGUCAAACCCAUCACCAAAACUGCCUCAAACUUUCCAGAAUAUCAUUGACACAAUGGGUGGAACCCAACUGGUUUUGGUCAUACAGAAACCUCUCACUAAGACUGACCUAAACCGACAUAACGCUCGGCUGUCCAUGCCUUUAAGCCAAAUCAAUGGCAGUUUCUUGAGGGAGGCAGAAAGAGAAUGUCUGGAUCAACAACAAGCAAUGGAAGUCCCAUUCAUGGAGGCCUCCGGUAAGGUAAAACAAAUUGUUUUGAGGCAAUGGGACAUGCCUAAGGAGUCAGGGAAGAAAAGCUCAUGCUAUAUGCUGAUAAAAUCUUGGAAUGAGGUGGUGGAAAAAAAUGAUCUUGGCAGAAAGCUUAACCAAGUGAUCCAAAUUUGGUCUUUUAGACUUGGUAAUGAAGAUCAACUCUGCCUGGCUUUUGUUGUGGUAAACACAGGGGAGAACGAUGAAGGAGCAAGUAGCAGCAGGCAAGGAAGAGAUAUGGAUUGAUACUAAUUUUGGCCUAUUCAAUUGACCAAUUUUCUUGUAAUUAGUUAUUUUGUUUAGAGUUUAUUAGAGAGAAUAUGUUAUGACUCAUGACAUAUUGUUUAUUAGUAUUUUUUUUUUUUUUAGAUAGGGAUCUAUUGUCAAUUA